GAUGGAAUACAUCCUGCUGGGGAGAUGACGUCUGCCACCCCACCCUCCUCUCGUAGCUCCUCCCCCCAGAAGGUGUGCCAUUCCCAGACCCAGACAGACGUCUUGAAACCCCUUCUAGGUGGCGGCCUUUCCCCCGCCAGCGGCACUCUGAGGAAGCGGCGGCGAGUGCUGUCUAAAGAUGGCCGCAGCAACAUUCGCAUCGAGCACGUUAGUGGGCGGGGCUCUCUGUACAUGCGAGACCUGUGGACCACCUUUGUGGACAUGCAGUGGCGCUACAAGUUCUUCCUCUUCACCGCCACCUUUGCCGGGACCUGGUUCUUGUUUGGAGUGCUGUGGUAUCUCCUUGCACUGGUGCAUGGAGACUUGCUUGAGUUUGAGCCACCGUCCAACCACACUCCCUGCGUGAUGCAGGUGCAGACGUUGACGGGCGCCUUCCUCUUCUCGUUGGAGUCGCAGACAACCAUCGGCUAUGGCUUCCGCUGCAUCACCGAAGAGUGUCCUGUUGCCAUAGUGCUGCUCAUCAUCCAACUGCUCAUCACCACGCUCAUGGAGAUUUUCAUAACCGGAACCUUCCUGGCUAAGGUGGCUCGUCCGAAGAAGAGAGGCGAGACGGUCAAGUUCAGCCAGCACGCGGUCGUGUCCACACAGGAGGGACGGCCGUGUCUUAUGAUCAGGGUGGCCAACAUGCGCAAGAGCCUCCUGCUUGGGUGUCAGGUGACGGGUAAACUGCUGCAGUCGUCUCUGACCAAAGAGGGUGAGACGGUUCGCCUGGAUCAGAGGAACGUCGCCUUCCAGGUGGAUACGUCUAGCGACAGCCCUUUCCUCAUCCUUCCGCUCACCUUCUACCACGUAAUUGAUGAUGACAGUCCCCUCAGGGCGUGGGCGGCAAAGGGCGGUGGAUGGACUGAUCCGGAGUUGGCCGACUUUGAGUUGCUUGUCAUUCUCAGCGCGACUAUUGAGCCCACGUCGGCCACCUGCCAAGUUCGCACUUCCUACCUGCCUGAUGAGAUCCUUUGGGGUUACGAGUUCCCGCCAGUGGUCUCCCUAUCGCCAUCGGGCAAAUACGUGGCCGACUUCGCCUUUUUCGACAAAGUGGCCAAGAGCAAGUCAGCGCCCGUAUUCAAGGCUACGGGAGGCCCGCGACACAGCUACCAGAGCAACGGCAGCGGGAAGCUUCCCGACGGGUCUGACCCAGAGAAGAUGCGCUUGGAGCAAAGCUAUCGUGAGGAACGAGGCCGUGUCAGCGUUCGUAUCAGCAAUGUGUGA